CCAGCACCGCAGCGACGUGACUGACAUUUGAUGGGGUGCUGUGCUUUGCGAAGAGGGGGACUCGCACCUCACUUUCCUGACUGCCUAGUACGCGUCAGUUAAUCUGCUAGGUACAAAAUGGUCCACAUGUAUAGUACAUAACGCUUGGGGCAUUGUCAUUUGUCAACUUGUGGGUCACUCGAAAAACCGUGACUCUGCAGGAGUGAGUGAUAGGUGUCAGAGAACCACUGCUCUGUACUGUCAAAGUGAAUCAAGAGCCGAUGAAGGUCAGCCAGCUGGGAGUGUGUAGGGCAGUGUCGCCUGCACCACUUGGCAUCAGGGAGGCAGUGCAGGACACCAGGAAUGGCUGGAGAAGGUAGCACCAAGUUUUGGCUGACCUGCGGUGGAUGCCUGUAUGGUGAGCAGAAACCCCACACUGCCGCCACCACCACCACAGGUAGCUCAUGGCCCUAGGGAGUGGUAGGCCUAGAUGAUGAGCUGCCACCUACACCACCCACCUGGACAGAGACUUUUAAAUUCAUCCUUGCACUGUGCCCUGCUGUGUGGUGACCAGUAGUGAUGUGCUCCCAGCAAAGACACUGCGACACUGGGAGUUUUACGGUGACUCGGUAGUGUUUUCAUAACGACGCCCUGCUGCACACAUCAACCAUGGCGAGUGUGACUUCAGUGAUCAGCAUCGAGGGCAUGACCUGCCAGUCCUGUGUGAGGAACAUUGAGGGGGUGGUAGGUGGCCUUCCUGGCAUACACUCCGUCAAGGUAGAUCUGGAGGGCAAGCGUGGAACAGUGAUCCAUGAUCCAAAAGUGGUACUUGGGGUACAGAUAGCAGACAGAAUUGAUGACAUGGGAUUUGAAGCAAAGUUGGAGAAAAGUGAGACUCAAGUGGAUAUGGAGGGUCAGACCAAGCUUCCCAAUGGUGACGUAAAGGUGGAGAACUUGCUGGGAGAGGUGGUCAACUGUGCCUGUGGAGACCAACUGGUGCAGAUCUCCAUUAAAGGCAUGACUUGCAACUCCUGUGUGAAGAACAUUGAGGGCAACAUUGGACAGAAGACUGGUGUGCGCUCCAUCAGAGUGUCUUUAGAGGAUGAGGUGGCCACCCUUAUCAUUUCCCCUACAGAUGUCACUGCAGAAGCUGUCAGAACCAUGAUAGAUGACAUGGGAUUUGAAGCUGCCCUGCUUCAACAGGAAUCCACAACUGUUAUUAUUGGCAUUGAGGGCAUGACCUGCAUGUCCUGUGUCAAAAACAUUGAGUCUACUGUUGGGAAGAAACCCGGUGUUAUCAUGAUUAAGGUGAAUUUGGAGGAGAAAAAGGGAGUGGUAUCUAUAGAUCCACAAAAAACAACCCCAGAGGAGGUGCGGGACCACAUAGAUGACAUGGGGUUUGAGGCGACACUUGUGCCAUCUGACUCAGCUGAGGGCGUGGAGACCUGUGUUGUGUCCAUCAAGGGAAUGACAUGCAAUUCCUGUGUCAAGAACAUUGAGGGCACCAUAGGGGAGAAACCAGGUGUCGUCACCAUAAAAGUCAGUUUGGAGAAUGAAGAAGGUACAGUGAAAUACAACCCAUCUGUAGUGAGUGCUGAGGUAGUGGCAGAAAUGAUAGAUGACAUGGGCUUUGAGGCAGCUCUCCAGACCUCAUCAACCACCACCAGUAAAAGAAAGAAGCAAAAAUCAUCCCAUGAAGGAAGCGUCAGCAGCUCAUGGCAGGAGAAUGCAGCCUUUGAGGGGGACGAAGCAGACCUUGAGAAGUGUUUCCUCCGCAUCACGGGCAUGACCUGCGCAUCAUGUGUGGCAGCCAUUGAGAAGCAUGCCAGGAGAAUACAAGGUGUCCACAGCAUCCUGGUGGCCCUGAUGGCAGCCAAGGCAGAGGUGCGAUAUGACCCAUCAGUGGUUUUGCCAGAGCAGGUGGCCAAUAGCAUCUCGGAACUUGGCUUUCCCUCUUCAGUCAUGGAGGAGUCAGGGGCAGGCCAGGGGGAGGUGGAUCUCAAUAUAAGUGGUAUGACCUGCUCCUCAUGUGUGUUUGCCAUUGAGUCCAAUGUGAUGAAGUUGAAAGGGAUCAAGUCGGCCGUUGUGGCGCUGGCAACUGAGCGGGGAAAGUUUCGCUUUGAUCCAGCUGUCACCGGACCGAGGGACAUCAUAGAAUGCAUUAAUGGCCUCGGCUUCAAUGCCUCACUCUUCACCCAUGAUGGCUCCAAGGCAAACUAUCUGGACCACAAGAAGGAGAUCAUCAAGUGGAGAAAUUCCUUCAUAGUUUCUCUUAUCUUUGGUGUUCCAGCCAUGCUGGUGAUGGUGUACUUCAUGGCCAUGAUGGAGCACAUGACCCAUGAGGAGAUGUGUUGUGUGCUGCCCGGCCUCUCCCUGGAGAACCUGUUGCUCUUUUUGCUGGCCACUCCUGUCCAGUUUAUUGGUGGGCGUCACUUUUAUGUUCAAGCCUUCAAAGCAUUACGGCACAAGACAGCCAACAUGGAUGUGCUGAUCAUGCUGGCCACCACCAUCUCUUAUGUGUACUCCCUGGGUGUAGUGGUGGCUGCCAUGGUGCUGCAGCAGACUGCCAGCCCUAUGACUUUCUUUGACACUCCCCCAAUGCUGUUGGUGUUCGUCUCCCUUGGCCGCUGGCUGGAACACAUUGCUAAGGGGAAGACCUCAGAGGCCCUGGCCAAGCUGAUGUCCCUACAGGCAACAGAAGCUAUUCUGGUCACACUGGAUGAGAACAGUGAAGCAAUCUCAGAGAAGACAAUUGAUGUUCAGCUUAUUCAGAGAGGAGACAUCCUCAAGGUGAAGCCAGGAGAAAAGAUCCCAGUGGAUGGCCGUGUUGUCUCAGGGGAGAGCUUGGCAGAUGAAUCCCUCAUCACUGGGGAGUCAAUGCCAGUGGCCAAGAAGCCAGGCUCUCAGGUCAUCGGUGGUGCCAUUAACCAGAAUGGCCUCCUCAUGAUAAGAGCCACACACAUUGGCAGUGACACAACUCUUGCACAGAUAGUGAAGCUGGUAGAGGAAGCCCAGACCUCCAAGGCUCCUAUCCAGCAGCUGGCUGAUAAGAUUGCUGGCUACUUUGUCCCCAUGGUGGUCACUGUGUCCACCCUCACUCUCUUCUCCUGGAUCGUCGUGGGUUACGUUAACAUUGAGUUGGUGGAUGCUGACUAUGCUACAAAGGAGAAAGAAGGGUUCACAAGGGUUGAGAUCAUCUUGGAGUUUGCAUUCCGGUGUGCCAUCACGGUGCUUGCCAUUGCAUGUCCCUGUGCUUUGGGUCUGGCCACACCCACCGCAGUCAUGGUGGGCACAGGCGUUGGAGCAACUAAUGGCAUCCUCAUCAAGGGUGCUGAGCCUCUGGAGAACUCACACAAGGUGAAAAGCAUCGUAUUUGACAAGACUGGAACCAUUACUCGGGGCACACCAACCCUCACUAUGAUCUCCCUCUACGUGAAUGAGUCCAUCUGUUCCCUUGCUCAGUUCCUGGUGGUGGUCGGGGUGGCAGAGAACAACAGUGAGCACCCUAUUGCCACAGCCAUUGCCAAGUUCUGCAAGCAAGCCUUAGGUCACUUAAGUGCCCACUGUGAUGACUUCAAGGCUGUGUCAGGCUUUGGUCUGCAGUGUGUGGUGUCAGGCACAAACCACCUCAUGCAGGCAGCGAGGUCUUCUGAGAUGCUGCUCAAUGUUAAGAACCUCACCAUUACGUACAUCAACGAGUAUGGAUUGACUGAUGUUUUGGAUCAGUCACCUCAGCAGCGGGAAGACAUGUUCCUGAUUGGUGAAGUGUUGAUAGACUACUCCCAUCAGCCAGGCAAGUCUAUGGGUAACUCAAGCAACUCCAUCAUCUCGGACAACACUCAGGUUACUGAACCCUACAAGGUGCUCAUUGGUAACCGAGAAUGGAUGAAGCAGAACUCAGUGGUGGUGCCUAAGAAUGUGAAUGAUCAAAUGGUGGAACAAGAAAACUUGGGUCGUACUGCUGUCCUUGCUGCUAUCAAUGGACAACUGAUAGGGAUGAUGGCUGUUGCUGAUACCAUAAAACCUGAGGCAGCCCUGACAGUCUAUUCCCUCAAGAAGCGAGGCCUUAAUGUCAUCCUACUCACCGGCGACAACCAGAAGACUGCCACAGCCAUUGCCAAGCAAGUUGGCAUCACCAAAGUGUUUGCCGAGGUCCUUCCAUCCCACAAGGUCAAGAAAGUGAAGCAGCUUCAGGAGUCAGGACACAAGGUGGCAAUGGUUGGGGACGGUGUCAAUGACUCACCAGCACUGGCACAGGCUGACGUGGGCAUUGCCAUCUCCUCAGGGACAGACGUGGCAGUGGAAGCAGCUGAUGUGGUGCUUAUAAGAGAUGACUUGAUAGAUGUGGUGGGUUGCCUAGACCUCUCCAAGAAGACUGUACGAAGAAUUCAUCUCAACUUCAUCUUUGCCUCCAUCUACAAUCUUGUGGGUAUUCCUGUGGCUGCUGGGGUCUUCAGGCCUCUUGGCUUUGUGCUGCAGCCAUGGAUGGGGUCAGCAGCCAUGGCCAUGAGCUCUGUGUCUGUGGUGUUGUCUUCCCUCCUGCUCAAGAUGUACCGGAAGCCAACCCGGAAAAGUUUAUCCACACUGGAGUACCACAAGGAACAAGAGAAACGCUUUGGCGGCCAGUUUGACGAUGACAUUUCUGUGCACCGUGGGUUUGAUGACAUUCCUCGUCCUCCUUCGCCGUCUUCUGCACUCUCGAGGGACACUGUAACUGCUGAAACCUUGCCGAGACGAAUGGACUGGCCGAUAUCAGACACGCCGACUUCUUCAAAACACCAAAAAAAACCCCAAGGCGGGAGAUAUGAGUUUCUGGCACUGUUGUAAAACCCUGAUCUUUACAUGUGCUGUGGUUGAUUGGAUGAACAUAUCACGAAUGAAGAACCAAGGUGUGAAAGAAUGAGUUGUAUUUCCAUAGAAGAAAGCAGCAACUCAGGGAGGACAUUGGGAGACAGGAUGUCAACAGACAAGUGGCAACUCAGGGAAGAUUUUGGGAGACACGAUGUCAACAGUCUUCACCAGUGCCCUACUAGGAUUUGGCAUCAAAGCAUGGUUGUUUCUUCCAUAUGUGCCAGGAUUUAUAAAGUUUUAUGUUAAUUGUAUAACAUAAAUGGAUAAAGUAAACUUAUACAGAGAGAAAAUACAGUAUUCAUCCCAAGGUGAUGAUACAACCCAAACCCAAGAUAAUGUGUGUAGUAUUUAGUUCAUUUUGCCACAUUUGUUACUUUCUGCUUGAUGACGGUGGUUAAAAAUGUCCCCAAAAUUUUAUUAAUUGGUUUGAUAAUACACAAAUGAUGUUAAAAAAAAUUCCAGCAUACUUUUUUUUUUUUUUUUUUUUUUUUUAAGUUGGCUGUUAAAUAUGGCAAUUUUUUUCAUAUCAUGGUGAACACCCCAAUUGAACUAGUGUGAUAUUACAACCACUAUAGCUUAAUUCAAUAUACAGUCAGUUAUCUUGGGAUGAAAUUUAAUUAAGUUUUUAGGCUUUCCUUUUGCUAAAUAGCUACAGUCGACCCUCCAUUUAACGAAACUUAGUUUAAUGAAUUUCAGAUUUAACAGACACUGUACAUUGUCCAAACAAGAAUCUGGACAAAUGGAUAAACGUCCAUUAUUUGAAAAUUUGUUCAGUUGGUGGCAGACGGUGGGGGAGCAACGGCAGUUUCCUGCCAAACGGGAAUGUAGGAGGGUUGGAGGCAGGAGUGUCAGUCUGCAGUAGCAACAGCCUUCGUCUGGUUGUGCUCACAGUAUUUAUACAGUCUGUUUAGUGCUAUUUAGUGUUGUCAAGAUGCCUAAACAGCAAGAAUACUGUAUCUUUAAUAUACAAGAUACAUUUAGCCUAGGCUAAGAGUGGUACUUUACAUGGUGGUACAGAACAUGCAUUAUGGUUUUCCACCAUUGGACACUUUCCAUUAACAGACUGUUGCUGGUCUCAUUUUGUCAGUUAAAUGGAUGGUCGUCUGUUCAUCAAGUAGAAAAAAAAGUAUGUACAGUUCCAUUCAUGACCUGUUUUUUUCUUCUUUCUGUCCAAUGUUGACUACUUUCUCACUCUAUCAUUCUUUAUCACUCUUUUAUCUGCCCGUGUAUUUGGUGGAUUACUUCAACAGUGAUUUUAUCCAGUAUGUGCACCAACACAGCAUUAUUUUUUGGGAGUAAACCACCAAUUCAUAUGAUUGCAUUAUAAUGUUUCCUCUGUUAUGAGGAGGGACUGAAGUCUAUAUGACACUGACAGAAAACCAGUAUUAUAAAUGUUAGAAUUUUUAUGAAACCAGAAAACAGCAUUUAGUUUUUUUAUUGUGAAGAGUGUCAUUAUGACAAGUGGCUUCAAGGAGUUUUCUGAAAGAAAUGCUCCCUUGCAGUUUUUAUGCACAAUUUCAUGUCUAGAACAGUAAUCAAUAGAUAUAUACUUAAAGAAAAGUUUGUACAGUCAUUUCACUGGUGAACAGUAACUGAUUCCAGUGUAGUGUCAUGUUGGUGUGGGUAUUAUAGCAGUGUAUAAGCAUGUUAAACUAGAUGGAUUAGAAAUUCACAUAAGAAAGUUGCAUGGAAUGUGUAGCUGCAUGAUAAGAGCAUGCUGAAUGAAACAUUAUGCUGCA